AUGGCCGCAAGGAACAAUCUCAACAAGAGAGAUAGCAUGAACAAGCAAAGCCUGCAUACCUCAGGAUCGCAUUGGGACAUGGUCCAUUUGGAUGCACUGCAUGCCUAUCGGGAUGACAAUAUCAGUCUCGAUAGGUUCUUCUCUGAUGAAAACUCACAGUUUCUCCCGAGUGAUAACGACCCAGUCUACCAGGCCUUGAGAGCAGAGAUCAUCCAGCCCACUGAGCACGAUCUGAGAAUAUGGGAACUGAGCCAACCUAGAUUUGCCGGCAAUCCGUUCGAGGACUUUUUCGAUAGUUUGGCAUCUGCCAUGACAACGGGCCCGGCAAGUGGCCAGAGCGGAGACUCAGGAUCAGGCUCUUCUGGUCAGGAAGAAGACGAAAUUCAUUCCGAGGAUGCUCUCAAGGAGCUUGUGAGGGUGGUACUUCGGAGGGAAGGCGGCCGACUCAAUGGCACCUGGUCGCUCGCAAUGAACCGCGCGCACUUGAGCACUCCGCUUUUAGUGGGAACGACUCACGAGCCCCGUCAUGCGAUCAAUGAUGGGGGCAUCACACUGGCGCGAUCAGGUCAUGGGGGCCAUAUCCACCUGGGACACCGCCCGAUUGUAUCCUUUGAGGCAAAGAAAAGGAACCCUGCCGGGAGGCACUACCCCACUGACCAGUCGGAGCCAGCUGUGUCGGCCAUACGCGGCCAGGAGUUUUCGGAACUGCUGGGCCAGGCGUUUGUGUGCUCUGAAAGAGUGGACAACAAAUGGCAAGACCAUGAUGGAUGGUUGAUCUCCAUCCACGGGACUAGGUUUAGACUCGUGAACGCCUUUUUCUCAGGUUCGUAUCUGGGCCAGGUCAACAGUCCCAUUCUUCGUGAAAAUCAGCGUGCUUUUGUCUGGGGUACCCGCCAUUAUAACCUCAAGUCACCAAUCGAUCGGUGCCAGGCUAUCAAGGCUGUGAUCGGAUUGAUCCGGUUCUUGAAGUUGGGAGAUGUGUCCAACCACCGUCUACGCACAGCUAGGGGAUAG